AUGAAUUGUAUUAAAGGGUGGGGAUACAGAAUUGAAAAUGUCGAUAGUGACGAUAAUAAAAGCCUUGUUGAUUCAACUCCCGUCACACGAAGAGGUCGAAUUUCACGAUCUCAAGCUAGUACAAUGGCAAUUAAACCAGCUAGUGAUAAGAUUGUAUUGAUCAGACAAGUAGACGGAGUCGAGUUUAAAGUUGGAGAUGCAAUUGAAGUUACCUCGCGGGAUAAGAAUUUUGGUCUGUCUCUGGAAAUUUGUAUAAUUAAACAAAUCCAGUGGGGGACUAGUGAGUUUAUCUUAGUACAUGUUGUUUGGCUAUUAAGACCAAUUGAAGUUAGCGGACUACAGGAAGGAAUUGCUAAAGAAAACGAGCUAUUUCUAACUCCCUAUUUUAAUGAAUUAAAGUAUACUGAAUUUAUCCGUCAUAUCAAUGUUCUAUCUGAAGAUCAAUUUAACGAUAUUGUCAUUGAUGAAUCCAAUUCAAACAAUACAUUUCUUUUGAGAAGAUUGGCAGAUGAUUAUGGCAAUUUAAGUGAAAGUUUCGAUUACCUGGAGCUACACCAGUUGCUAUUAUCCAAUAAUGAAGAAUUUACCAAGAAGAUUAUGAAUAUGUCAUUAUCUCAUGCCCAGAACAGGAAAUCUUCAAGAAGGGCAAGGCAAAGAGAGCAACCAAUAAAAACAGAGAAGGGAACCAAUAGCAAUAAUUCAAGCACAAAACUAGUUAAUGUUGGGAUGGAGAAGAGAUCUGGUACUAAAACCGAAAACAAACGCAUAGACUUGGGAGCAGAGGAGAAGCAGAAGAAGAAGCAAGAUGAACAAGAAUCAAUUGAGCCAUCCGAUUCUGACUUGCAAAGCGAUUACAUUAGUGAUGAUCAUGAUCCUGACGUCGAAUCUGAAGACGAAGAAGUUGUAAUUGAAUCCGAAGAAGAGGUAGAAGAUGACGAAGCAGACCUUGAUGAAGAAGAAUCUGAUUUUGAAGAGUAUGGGAAGAAGCGUAAGAAGAGGACACGGUCCCCUCGAAAGAACAACACUCCAUCUCCUAAACGAAAAUCAGUUAAAUCAAAAACCACAGGAAGUGAAUUAGAAGAGUUUUAUUCUGCUGUGACUCCAACAAAGAAGAUCAAAUUCUCUACGUUGGAUAGAUCUUCCUUACCUGUAUUUCUUUCACCAACAAAGCGUGUCCCUGACGGGUUUACGGAUACAACGUCUCAAGCAUUUAAAGAGAUGAAACAGAAAUUGCAUACUUCACAGAAAUUAAAUGCAUUACCAGGAAGAGAAGAUGAAUUUGCUAUGAUCUAUAUGAAUUUGGAGUCAGCUGUGAAUGAAGGUACUGGGUGUUGUGUGUACGUCAGUGGUGUGCCAGGUAUGGGUAAAACAGCAACUAUCAAAGAUGUAGUGCAACAAAUGACAGAGUCACAAUCUUUAGGUGAGAUCAAACCAUUUAGUUACGUGGAAUUGAAUGGGUUGAAAUUGUUAAAUCCCAAUGUUGCAUACGAAGUGCUUUGGGAGCACAUAAGUGGUCACAGAGUUGUCGCAACAAAUGCUGCAUUAUUGCUAGAGGAAUACUUUAAGACCGAUCAAGCCAACAGAAAACCGUUGAUUGUAUUAAUGGAUGAAUUGGAUCAAAUUGCGACUAAAAAGCAAAAUGUUAUGUACAACUUUUUCAAUUGGCCCACUUAUAACACAUCAAAGUUAAUUGUGAUUGCAGUAGCCAACACCAUGGAUUUACCAGAAAGAGUUUUGUCAAACAAAAUUUCGUCUAGAUUGGGUUUAAGAAGAAUUCAGUUCAAGGGUUAUACUUUUCAACAAUUGGGUGAUAUCAUUUCGCAUAGAUUAGAAAUGAUAACAAAGAAUAACAGAAGAAAGGUUACAAUAUCACCCGAUGCGAUUGGGUUUGCAUCAAGAAAAGUUGCUAGUGUAAGUGGGGAUGCCCGUAGAGCAUUGAAUAUUUGUCGCAGAGCAGUCGAAAUAGCAGAGAAACAGUAUUAUGAUAAUCAUAAGAACCUGGAAGGUGCAACAACAGCUGGUGACGAUGACAAAAAUAAGGAAACAUAUGAAGUUUUGAUUUCACACAUAUUGGCAGCUAUUAACGAAACAGUGAAUUCACCAUUAGCACAGUUUAUAGCUGCAUUGCCAUUUGCGUCGAAGUUAGUGCUCGCCUCAAUGUUAAGAACGACAAGAAGAACCGGAUUGGCAGAAAGCAAGCUUGGGGAUAUUAUCAGUGAAAUGAAAAAUUCUCUUGUAAUGUCGACUGAUCCCAAACAAAAGAAACCCGGCCAGUUGGAUAUAAUGGACAUGUUAUACACUGAUAAAUUAUUUGGUGAUGAGAAUGCUGGUAACCAUAAUUUCAAUUUGAGAAUUCAUUCCUUCAAACACGUUGUUACUUCGUUAGUAGAGGCAGGAAUAAUUGCAUUGCAAACUUCAGCUGGUGAGAGAUCUAAAUUAGUUCAGUUGAAUGUAUCUGAAGAAGAGGUUGUGUCUGUAUUGAAGAAAGACAAUCAAAUUGCAGGAUUUCUAUAG